UUUCAGGAUGAAUAAGCCGAAAGGGGACACGAUCCUUCUUUUUGAUGUUGAUGGCACUUUGACAUUCCCACGUCAGAAAAUGGAUCGAGCGAUGAGUGAUUUCAUGAUGGAAGUGCACAAAGCUAUACCUUUAGCGGUAGUGAGCGGUUCUGAUCUGCCAAAAGUAGUCGAACAGUUGGGAGAAAGCUUAAAGGAUGUUCUGAGUUGUUUUGAUUACAUAUUCAGUGAAAAUGGACUUGUGAGUGUCAGUAAAGAGGCAACAUUUCCUGUGCAGUCAAUAAAGCAUCACCUUGGUGAAAGGCAACUGAAGGAACUCAUCAAUUUUACGUUACGAGAAUUUUCAGCGAUCGAUUUGCCUGUUAAACGUGGAAAUUUCAUUGAAUUCCGAAAUGGAAUGCUGAAUCUCUCACCAAUAGGUCGAAGUUGUACUCAAGAAGAGCGACUGCAAUUUGUGGCUUAUGAUAAAGAACAUAGUAUCCGUCAGAAAUUUGUCAAGAAACUUCAGGAUUUCACGGAAGGGUGGGAUCUCAAUAUCCGUAUAGGUGGCCAGAUCAGUGUUGAUGUGUUUCCUUAUGGUUGGGAUAAGACAUAUUGUUUGCAGUUUCUGAACGAUUUCCAUACCAUUCACUUUUUUGGCGAUAAGACUGCACCGGGAGGUAACGACUACGACUUGUUUAUUGAUUCUAGAACCAUUGGAUACACCGUCAAAGACCCAGAAGACACGAUGAAACAAGUUCGUAAGCUGUUGGAAACUCUGUUGUAGCAAUCGCUGCAUUCAUCUACCUUGCGUUACUGCUGUCAUUUACAUGAUAAAAGUUGAGUAAUGAUUCCGAGAAUGUACUACUAAUUUUAUUCAAACAUUUGUAGUUCUUUAUUUCUUGUUUUUUGCGAAGUGAAUGUGUAGUAAUUAAAAUAGUUUUUUUUUAAAAAGAAAAAACCAUAAAGCAAAAC